GAGAGAGACGAGCAAACACACUUCCAAAUAUCUCCUCAGUGCUCUCUGGGACCAUCAUGAAAUAUACACCUACAUGUAUAUGUAUAUGUAUAAAGAAUUUUAUUAAGUCGUGCCGGCGUCCGACGCAUUGUUCUUUCCUCUGAUUCUUUUUGGGGCUGGAAUUGUACACCACCGCAGUACACGUGAGUGCUGUGUAAAUCUGUUCUACUUGCGGUUCGACGAAACGUAGCAUCCUACCAGCACUAGCGACCAUUAAAUUCAAGCACUUAUCGCUAAAUGCAGCAAGCGACCCAUGAGAUGGUACAUGUAAUGGUUUAAAAUAACAGUUGAAAUUAACGGUGGAAUCAGCAUUGUCGCAUCUGCCCGAUUCGAUCUGACGCAGCUAGAAAAAUUUCAAAAGCUGUACCAUUUAAUCUGCCAAAGCCUAACAAUAGUCUGUUAACGCGAUUGUUAUCGACGGCGUGGGUCAAAAUGAGUGCCUCUGAAGAAGGAUCCGGUGUUACGCGUAACGACGACAGCGUAAAUAACAACAAUGACUUGCACAUUGAAGCAGAUAGUGAUCAUAACAUGGAUUGCCAGCUUGUGUCAGAUUCGGAGAUUCAAACACACAUGCAGCAGCAAUCGAUAAUAACGGUUAAAGUGCAUUUAACUAACGUGAAGGCGCCUACAUCCCUUCAGUACGAUCCUAGUUUCAACAGUUCAAGUGACUUCUCAAAUUUGCUCUCUACAGAUAAGGAAAGUAUUUUAAACUACAUGGAAGAGGUGGAACAGACAUUUAUCAAUAAACGACAGGUGUACGAAGACUUUAUUAUAAUUUUGAAGAGUCUUUAUGAGAAGCGCUUAAACCUCCCGUCUUUCAUGACCCAAGCGAUUCACAUGUUCAAGGCUUAUCCUGAGCUCAUCGUUUGCCUCAAUAUCUUUAUUACGCAGUGCAAAAUAGAAGUGAUGCUGAGUGACGGAAGACGUAUUACCGGUAUGCAACCACGAGACUCUAUUCACAGCCCUGUGCUAUCGCAGGAUUGUGAUCUGAAGAAAAUUGCCGAAUUCAUCAUGAUUCACUCACGCGUUCAAUUUAAGGAGGAACCACCAGUUUCGCAAACCAUGCAAACAAUGCAAACAACACAAACGAUGCAAAAAAGUCAAGAGAGUGGUGCAACGUACGAUGCCAAAAAAAGUGAAACUUACAUAAAUCUCCAAAGUACGUUGGAUUAUAUAGACAAAGUAAAGUAUCGCUUCUGCAACCAACCAGAAAAGUACGAAUGUUUCGCAAAGAUAUUGAGCGGGUAUGCAGUUAAGCAAAAGGGUAAGCAUGGAACGGCUGAAUUGAAAGAGGCACGGAUGAAGGUAUACAGAGAUGUUAUGCAACUUCUGGAAAAUCAUAAAGAUUUGCAAGACGAGUUUGAAAAAUUUUAUAAAUGAAGUAAAAAGAAAAACAUUGCCAAGAGUCGCCUACACGUUCGACGUCUCUCUCUAUUUCUUUUUCUCUGCGCGCAGUGGAUUGCAUGAUUGUAAUCAAUAUUAGCACUACUUAAGAAAUUAUAUAAAAUUAUUCGUUGCCUUUAAGCACCGAAUCCAAUUUUAAAGUGAAACGCAAUAUUAAUCAGACACAUAAUGUUCAAAGAAUGCGCUUUUUAUAUCAUGACGAAAAUUAAUUUAGUGCCGCUAAAAAUAUAACGAUGUUAUAUUUUUUGCAAUAAAUACUUAGGUAAUUAUUUAAACUACGUGAUUGAUGCCUUCUAAACUAGUGAAAACUAUAACAUGACUAUAGUAUCACUUUAUUCUAAACAAUGUAAAAUAUUAUGUACAAAUAGGCAAUGUACAGAAUGUUCCUAUGAAAAAAUAAGACAUGAUCCUAAUAAUUGAGGAAUUUUGGUUAGAUUUACGCGAGUCUCAUUGAUUACUGCAGGGAUUAUAUUAAACUUUAUAAAACGCGGCAUGUGUAAUUGUAAAAUAAUCAACUCAAAAAUGCACAUUUGUAUACGGCACUUAUCUGAAAAAUACUAAUUUACGUUUAAAUUGUUGACAACACUGCCGCUGAAAUUACGAUAUGCUCGCGAAUGUAGGUCGUACAUAUUUGAUUGGAUAAUAUUGCGUGUGUAUCAGCAGCGUAAUAAAUGAAUGUUUCAUAAUA